AUGGCGACCCGAAUGUCCCUGGAAGACCUGAUGAAGGUCACGAACUUCUCCCGGCCAGAACUCGAGCUUCUGUCUCGGAAAUUCUCCGAACUCUGUCUGCACAACGAAAAGAUUGACCGUGCAAAGUUUCGAGACCUGCUCGCCGACACAUUCGAGGUUGACGACUCGCUGCUGAUGGAUCGAGUCUUCCGAUGCUUCGAUGUCGAUGCCGACAACUACAUUGCCCACGACGAGUUCAUGAAAGGCAUGUCCGUCUUUCUCAAGGGCCGCUACGAAGAGCGCAUGAAAUUCUGCUUCAGGGUCUAUGACUUGAAUGGUGACCGAUACAUCUCCAAGGAGGAGAUGUUCCAGAUGCUCAAAAACUGCCUCGUCAAAGGGGCCGAAGAAGACGAAGACGGCGUCAAGGACCUCGUUGACCUGGUCUUGAAGAAACUCGACGAAGAUCGCGACGGACGAGUGUCUGAGGCAGACUGGACCAGCGCCAUCACCAAAGAAUCGCUGUUGAUGGAGGCAUUUGGCCCCUGUCUACCGACAGCCAAGGUACGCCAUCGACGCUCCCACCCUCCUCCGUGCUUGAGCAACAUCGCUCGACGAUCACAGCCAGGUGUCUGGAAUCUUGCCCGGUCUCAAUCCAACACGACUAUGUUCCGGCCUUGCUUUCCCAGACCAUCGAGCGCUAUCUCGACCUUGGUCAAAGCGACCCCAAGCUGCUGA